CAGCGAGGCACUGAAUAUAUGUUGCGAGUGUCUGCCAUUACGGUCAACGGCACAGGUCCGGCCACAGACUGGACCACUGCUGAGACAUUUGAGAGCGAUCUGGAUGAGACAACUGUGCCAGCCGUCCCGAGCUCCUUGCACGUGCGGCCACUUGUGAACAGCAUUGUAGUGAGCUGGACGCCCCCAGAGAACCAGGACAUUGUGGUGAGGGGUUAUACUAUCGGCUAUGGGAUCGGCAGCCCUCAUGCCCAGACCAUUAAAGUGGACUACAAACAGAGAUACUACACCAUUGAGAACUUGAAUCCCAGCUCGCACUACGUUAUCACACUGAAGGCCUUCAACAACGUGGGGGAGGGAAUCCCUGUGUACGAGAGCGCUAUCACACGACCCCAGUCAGUACCAGACCCUUUACCCAUGCUGCCUCCAGUGGGCGUUCAGGCAUCCGUUCUGAGCCACGACACCAUCAAAGUCACCUGGGCGGACAACUCGCUGCCCAAGAACCAGAAGAUCACAGAUGCACGUUACUACACAGUGCGCUGGAAGACCAACAUACCUGCAAACACAAAGUUUAAGGUGGCUAAUACUACCACACUAACUCACACUGUGACUGGUCUUAAACCUAACACCUUAUACGAGUUCUCGGUCAUGGUGACCAAGGGCCGGAGGACCAGCACCUGGAGCAUGACUGCACAUGGAACAACUUUUGAAACAAUCCCAAGUUCUGCACCUAAAGAUGUGACUGUAGUGAGCAAAGAGGGACGACCACGAACCAUCAUCGUCAACUGGCAGCCACCUUCAGAAGCCAAUGGCAAGAUAACAGGUUACAUCAUUUACUACAGCACUGAUGUGAAUGCAGAGGUUCAUGACUGGGUCAUUGAGCCAGUAGUGGGGAACAGGCUAACCCAUCAGAUUCAGGAGCUGACCCUUGAUACCACCUACUACUUUAAGAUCCAGGCGCGUAACUCUAAGGGGAUGGGUCCCAUGUCUGAUGCUGUCCAGUUCCGCACUCCUAAAGCUGAAUCCUCUGACAAAAUGGCUAAUGACCAAGCUCCAGGUAUAUUGGUGAAACCAGGAAGACCGUCUGCACCAGAACAAGGUUUUGGAUCAGUUGGGAAAACAGAUAUGUCUAUGUCUGGCACUGGUGAUAACCACAUCCUUGUUAUCGUCAUAAUUGUGUCUGUGGGUGCAUUUACUAUCAUCCUGGUGGUGGUUGGCGCCUUCCUGUGUACACGCCGUACCACAACACAGCAGAAAAAGAAACGUGCAGCCUGCAAGUCCGCCAAUGGAUCCCACAAGUAUAAGGGCAAUUCCAAAGAUCUGAAGCCACCAGACCUCUGGAUCCACCACGAACGUUUGGAGCUAAAACCUAUCGACAAAUCGCCUGAACCCAAUCCAGUCAUGACUGACACACCAAUCCCCCGAACCUCCCAAGACAUCACCCCGGUGGAUGGCUCUAUGGAUCCUAUGCUCCAGAGACGUAACUCCUACCAUGGCCAUGAAUCAGAGGACAGCAUGUCUACAUUGGCAGGCCGUCGGGGAAUGAGACCUAAAAUGAUGAUGCCCUUUGAUGCACAACUCCCUCAGCCUGUGAUUAGUGCUCACCCCAUCCAUUCCCUCGAUAACCAUCACCAUCAUUAUCACUUGGGCAGCCUGGCCUCGCCAACACGCAGCUAUCUCCACCACCAGAGCAGCACGCGGUCCAUCGCCACCCCCAUCUCUCAUCUAGACAGGGCAGAGUCCACAGAGUCAGUAAGGAACACCCCUAGUGCUGACCUGCUCCCUCCGUCUGGGCAGCCCUCCUGCACCACUGACCUUUCAGAGACAGACAUUAGCUACCACAGCUCAGCCACUGAGGAGGAGCCAGCAUUCACUACACCCAUAGCACACGUUCGUCCCACGCACCCGCUCAAGAGUUUUGCAGUGCCUGCCAUCCCAGCUUACCCCAUGUAUGACUCGGCAGCAUUACCCAGCACUCCACUGCUAUCUCAGACAGGACCUCACUCAGUUAAAACAGCCUCUAUUGGUACGUUGGGAAGGACAAGAACUCCCAUGCCUGUCAUAGUUCCAAGUGCACCGGAUGUCUCGGAAAGCAGCAGGCUGCAUGAAGAUGCAGGGAGUAAUUACGAGACAGACGAGUUGACCGAGGAAAUGGCCCAUCUGGAGGGCUUAAUGAAGGACCUAAACGCCAUCACGACAGCCUGAGCACAAUCCUCACAAUAACACUAGACCUCACCUGUCACAGGGAGGACGUACAGCACGGAGGAGUUCUCAAUCAUUUGCUAAAUUGAGAGUGCGAUAGGAAAAAAACACUAAUGUUUGGCAUACCUUGCUUACUCUCAGGAAGGAGAAACCCAUCAAAUGAGGACAGUGGACAUUCUGAGAAAGGACGUGGUUACUUCAACCAGAUGAUUGUGAUUUUUCUCUCAGCAUCUUAAAACGUUUCCUUAUGUUUCAGUGGAGACCGUUUGAAAAGACACCAUUUUAUUAUCCUACGAAAAACGGAAAACUACAUUAUGCUGGUGUACGUGUUGGUGCGUGUAAGGCACAAUUUACAGUGUUUCAUUUGUAUGUUUUUGUAUCUAUAUAUAUUGCCCCCGUUCCAGUGAGCUGAACGUUGGACAUCAUCCUUUUGUCCUUUUUAUUUCUGCAACUCGUUUUGUAUUAAGCGUUUUAAUUUGAUGUCUAUUUCGUAUGUCAUAUAAUGUGCCAUGUCUUAUUUUCUUAAACAUAUUUUGUAUUGUUUUAUAUGCAUAUACACUUAUCAGUUUGUAUAUAUGUUUAAAAUAGACUCAUUUCGUCACCACAGCAAUGUUUUUGACCUCUCACGACAGUUUCCGCUUAGUCAGAGACAUCUUUUUACUUUUGCUAUUAGAAUGGAUUUUUGCAGUUUGCAACGUCACGUCCCCCUUCUACAUUAUGGCUGUUUUAAAUGGGAGUUUCCUUCAGAAAUGCCUUAUUAAAUUGGUGUGGAAUGACAGAUAUCAGUACAACUGGGAAAUAUUUUCAAAAUGUUUAUCACACAGCACUGUGAUAUUUAUUCUGUAAUGCUGAACUGUUACUGGUCACUCAGUCCGGUGGUACGAGAACGUAGACCUUCAUCAUGCAUGCUGUCAGACUUGGUGCUUAAACUCAAGACUUCAGGUUCUACAUGUUACUGCUAAAUGAACACAUUUGGUACAUUGGAAAGUGCUUUAUAUGGUUUAUUUCCUUUUGCUGCAUUGGUCUGAAUUCUUGUAUCGGAGCUUACAUAAACCCAAUGAAUGAAUGACAACAUUCACUGUGAGAUUUUACAGACCACACUCUUGGCACUUAAAGCAACAAAGUGCAAAUGCAACAGACUUUUAUACAGAACUCCUAGUGCUCAUCUUUUAUUUUCCAUAUGAAGUACUUGUAUAGAAUGUUAAUGUGUGAGGUAAAAAUCUCAACUGCUCCUCCCCUGCUGGAUAUGGUUUUGAUCUGUACUUUUACCCAAAGAAAAUAUGUAACAGCAAUCAUCAUUUUGUUUUAUGAAUUUAAUGUCUCCUUGAACAUUUUCUUGAAUGUCAUUCCGACUAAGAAAUUCUGGGUAAUUAUAGGAACUUGUUAAAAAGCUUGGUAAAAACAAUAUGACCUAUUUGGGAGAACCUAUCAAGUUGUAGACAGUCAAACCUUUAUUGCACUUUUUCAACAAUUUCAAGAAAAGAAAAAAAAAAAUUUUUACAUAUCCUGUGUUUUGAAUAUAAAGCUCUAUUUGUGUAAUGUAGUGUCAUAGUUUAGCAUAGGCAGCUGGUCUUAUUUGUUCUUUUGCCUCCGAAAUAAUAUUUGAGCGGCA